UCCUGGAAGAGGUUCGAGCCAAAAGCUCUCCGCUGCCCGACUUUCUGUCGACAUUCCUCCGUGUGUCCGCUCCACAGAGCGCAGCCAAACGAUUCACGGUGCGUAAUUACGCACGGGCCGACUGAUCCGCGGUGUUAUUCGCCGGCGGACAAAGGAAGGCAGACAGACUGGAGUACAACUGAGUUGAGAAGAGAGGAGUACACUGCUGGAGGGGAAACGAGGGGAAUCUGGAGUCGGAAGUGAUUAGUCUUUUUUUUACUCUCAGGGUUUUCGGGGAAGAAGGGAUUCAGUUUGGAAACCUUUUGCAGAAAAGGACAGAAAAGUGGAGCGUUGAGAGGAAUCAGCCCCAAACAGCACCAGAUCCUCGGAGCAUGGGAGUUGUCAGCCAGCUGUAAAAUGUUCCCGCUACAUCGAGAGAGGGAGCAGCCGAUCUUCAGCGCCAGAGCUCACGUCUUCCAGAUCGACCCGGCCACCAAACGCAACUGGCUGCCGGCCAGCAAGCACGCCGUCACCGUGUCCUUCUUCUACGACGCCAGCCGCAGCGUGUACCGCAUCAUCAGCGUGGGCGGGACCAAGGCCAUCAUCAACAGCACCAUCACCCCCAACAUGACCUUCACCAAAACCUCCCAGAAGUUCGGCCAGUGGGCCGACAGCCGGGCCAACACGGUGUACGGGCUGGGCUUCUCCACGGAGACGCAGCUGCAGCAGUUUGCGGAGCAGUUUGCGGAGGUGAAGGAGGCGGCGCGUCUGGCCAGAGAGAAGUCUCAGGAGAGGUUUGAACUGGCCAACCCGGCGCUCAACAUCGCUGCUCCAGAGUUGUCGGAGGAGCGCCACUCUCCACCGCUGCUGACCGUCAACGGGCCGGGAGAGGAGAAGCUGUUCCGCAGCAAGAGCGCCGAGGUGGAGCUGACGGCGGAGAAGGAGAGAGUCAAGAAGAUGUUGUCUGAAGGGUCCAUGUGUGAGAUCAACCUGGAGGCGGAGCUCUUCACGCUGCAGGACAGCAACGCCAAGCUGGUGGAGGCGCUGCAGGAGGCCAACAGCAGCGUGGAGACCUGGAAGAACCAGCUGGAGGAGUACCAGGAGGAGACGGAGCGCCUCAAACACCAGGUGGCGGAGCUGGAGGCCCAGCUGGGACGUCCUGCUCCCAGUCAGACCAGUAAAGAGGAGCUGAGUGAGUCUCUGGAGGAGCUGGAAGCUCUGCUGAGAGACAAAGAUCAGGAAAUUCACAAACUACAGAGCAAGAAAACAGAUGUGGGAGAGCUGGAGAAGGAGAGAGAGGAGGCCAUGCAGAGACUCCAGGAUCUGGAGAGGCAGAACGUGGAGCUGGAGGAUCGAGUCCAGAGCGCCGAGCAGACGCUGGCGUCCAGCCGGGCGGAGCAGCAGCAGAACGAGGCCGAGGUCCAGCGCAUCAUCGGAGUCCUGGACCUCAAGAUCUGUGACCUGAACCACCUGAGACAGAGUCUGGCCAAACUCAUCGACAAGUAGCUCAGCAGCACCGGCUGCAUCUCCACAGUCACAUGAUCAUCUCCACAGUCACAUGAUCAACCAUCUCCACAGUCACAUGAUCAUCUCCACAGUCACAUGAUCAACCAUCUCCACAGUCACAUGAUCAUCUCCACAGUCACAUGAUCAUCUCCACAGUCACAUGAUCAUCUCCACAGUCACAUGAUCAUCUCCACAGUCACAUGAUCAUCUCCACAGUCACAUGAUCAUCUCCACAGUCACAUGAUCAUCUCCACAGUCACAUGAUCAACCAUCUCCACAGUCACAUGAUCAUCUCCACAGUCACAUGAUCAUCUCCACAGUCACAUGAUCAUCUCCACAGUCACAUGAUCAUCUCCACAGUCACAUGAUCAUCUCCACAGUCACAUGAUCAUCCAUCAGGCCUGAUGUGUGUUUCUCUGGUUUAUAACAGAGAAACAGUCAAAGCAACAUGCAGCUCUUUACCUUCAGCAGCUCUUCACCUUCAGCAGCUCUUUACCUUCAGCAGCUCCGUUUCCAGCCAAACGGCAAAUAUCAGAAAUCUCUUGAAGGUGCUUUGAUCAGAAUAAAACAUAAUUAUCACAUUCUCACUGCAACCUUGGUAUGAUUAUCAUAAGCACUUGACAGUGAUCUGAGUGGCUUCUACUACUUGUUAUUCCAUCUCACAGUCCUUCAGCUGAAUAUUAUCAUUUCACAGUCCUUCAGCUGAAUAUUAUCAUCUAGAGGAAAAUAUGGUUUCUACACCAGGUUUCACUGUUUUCACCUUCUGACAUCACUGAGAGUCUGAAAGCUUCAGAUGAAUCUGCUCUGGAAGAACAGCCCCUCCUCUUCUUGAUGUGUGC